AUGCUGGCGGCCACAAACUGCAGCCAUAAGAUGGAGCUGCAGCAACAGUUGAAGGAGAAGAAGAUUAAAAACCUUAAUCACCAACGCCUUCCGCUGAAUCCCAACUGGGCUCAACUCCAACAAAAGCUGAACCUCCGCCCUGGUUUGAAGCCGUCGAGGCCCUCAGACCAUCUGAAUCCAGGAACUCAGAGGCUUGUUUUAGGAAAGCGUAAAGAUAGAACCGAUGAGCAGUCUGAGGAUCCUAAGCAGAGUCCUCUUGUGCCGUCGAACGAUGAUUUCAGUUUGACAGAUGCUGUCGCCAUGGAUUGUGAAAUGGUUGGUGUUGGUCAGGCAAACCGAAGUGCUCUUGGACGAGUUACAUUGGUAAAUAAGUGGGGAAACGUUAUAUAUGAUCAAUUUGUUCGACCCAUGGAGUUAGUUGCAGACUUCCGCACACAUAUUAGUGGAAUUCGACCAAAGGACUUGAAAAAAGCCAAGAAUUUUCCAGCUGUGCAGAAGGAAGUGUCCCAAUUGAUUAUGGGAAGGAUUCUUGUGGGCCAUGCCCUGUCCAACGAUUUUAAGGCAUUGCUAUUAAACCAUCCAAAAAAGGACCUGCGUGAUUCUUCAGAGUACCCACCUUUCCUCAAGGACGGACGGAGGAAGUCGCUUAAGCAUCUUGCAUCCGAGUUUCUUGGUGUCAAUAUACAAUAUGGAGAGCACUGCUCUAUAGAAGAUGCAAGAGCCACAAUGUUACUUUAUCAGAAGAACAGGAAGGAGUGGGAAAAGUUUGCUAAGUAUCAAACCAGGUUGAAACAGAAACAGCAGAAACACAAGCAGAAACGGAAACCAAAGGAAACUGAUGUUUCAAAUGCGCACGAUGCUUCUGCAGCUUCACCAUAA